AUGCACAUCAAACUCAUUCCAACACUGGGCCUCAUUCUCCCCCUAUUCACAGCAGUGGUACGAGCCAAUGUGGAAAAGACUGUCUUCCUAGCACCAGCACCAGUGAGCGUGCCCUCUGAGGAGCCAGAUCUCGACGACCUAGGUCUGGAGCGUCUAUCACCACAGAUGCCUGUGGUGCGCACUCGUCUCAAUGCCUCAUUUCCAACGAAUGCCGCACCCGGCGGCACAGACUCGUGGUUCUUCCUUGAAAACCUGAACCCCGGCCAGCGGUAUGAAGUACGAGUAUGCUGGCUAGCCACACAACCAACAUCAUUCACCCUCACCACCUACCCGCUCUCAAACGAUUGGGACCAAAGCGUCCUGACUUCCAUGAGCAACUACGCGGCAGCCCGACUCGCAACACUAGAUCCAACACUCCAAACAAAUGCUAUCCCCCGCCGCGCCAGUCCACACAGUAGCAGAGACCCGCUCGAUCCUGCACCGACCAGUGACUCAGUCCUGUUUCUGCAUGUGCGCGCUGCAGCCGAUUAUUUCAGUACUGACCAGGCAUUGAUGGAAGAUGUCCCACCAGUAGCAGUGGACUUAAUUCUUGAUCCAUUCCUGUUUAAUGUUUUCCCGCGGUCGUUGGUGCCGACUGCUGGGUGGAUUGUACUUAUUACUGUUCUUGCGGUGGUAAUUGGGAGAUGGGUUGUGAUAGAGGUUGGGAGGGCUGUGAAUGAUGCUAGGAGGCAAAGUGUUUUAGAGGAAACGAAGAAGAAAUGA